UCACUUUAAUCCAUUCGUUUGCAGCUGCAGAACAAUGCCUGUGCGCUUACUGUAAGUGUCGCCUAAUUUCUUUAUCUUUGAUUUAUUCAUCCCCGUUUCAGUGCUGAGCAACUUAAAUGGAAGCGAACUGCGCAGAGAGCGAUACCAGGGCCACUGUUACCUUCAUGGAAGAGUAUUACACAGGGGUGGAGUCAGAAGCAACAUUCAACAGAAGUGACGACAUAGAAGAGAGGACAGAGUGGAAGACUUUAUCUGAGAUGACCCAGGAGGAACAAGACAGACUAUCCAACAUGAAGGAGGAAGUGGAGGAAUGUGAGGAGAGGCAGAAUGUGAAAACGGAGAAAGAAGAAGGUGUUAUAGAUGCUGAGGGACUGAGAAGAGACCAAGAAAAAACGAGGGAUGAACAAAAGGGGAAGGGUGUAACUGAUCUAACCUGUGCAACUCACAUAUUUCAGAAGAAUGGUGUGAAAUCAGAAUACAGUCAACAGGACAAGGAGAAGGUGUCCACUCUGGUCACUGCCUGCCUGCUGAAUCAGCCAAGAGUGGUGAUUUGCAGAAUAAAAAUAACAGGUAAUUCAAUUCCUGAGUUGCCACAUCCUCGUCCCUUUGCCACGAAAGGAGAGCAGGGAGUGACAUCUCGACAGAGAUGGCAAGAGCCCUCACCGAUGAAGGGAAAGUGUUCACUGAGGCAGAAAGACCAUGUCAUGACCUGUAAGAGAAAGAUAAUUGGCCAGCUGGUGAGACCGCAGAAACACCAGUCGGCUUCUUCAGAGAACGGGCUCUGUCUUGAAGCCUCCCAUAACCCUACAGUCAUCACUCCAAGGAACCAGAACAGAGGACAAACUGUUGAGACAUCGUCUGAGGUCUUUGCCUGCUCUCAGUGCCCAUUUGUUCACACAGAGGAAGUGAAUCUUCACCAGCACUUGGAAAAGGUUCAGCCAGAGGAGCUCAGAGAGACUCUGGUGUCUGGAAGAAGUGGAGCUGAGAACCCAUUCAACAGCAGAACACCUCAGUGCUCCAAAGCCCCUGAGACACUGCCCAUACCAACACAGUCCCACACAGGCACUUCAGGAGCCCACAAAUGCCCCCAGUGUGGGAAGUGCUUCCUAUCCAAGUCACGACUGACAAAACACCAGCAAACCCAUACAGAGGAACGUCCAUACCAGUGCUCCCAAUGUAGAAAGAACUACAAAUCAAAAACAGGAUUGACGUAUCACCAGCAAACUCACACUGGAGAACGGCCACAUCACUGCUUACAGUGUGGGAAGAAUUUCAUCUGCUCAUCUUACCUGAUCACACACCAACAAACUCAUUCAGGAGAACGUCGAUACCACUGCCCCCAGUGUGGGAAGAACUUGAAAUCAAAAAAAGGAUUGACAUUCCACCAGCUAACUCAUACAGGUGAACGGCCAUAUCACUGCUCCCAGUGUGGAAAGAGCUUCAAGUCAAAAUCUGAAUUGACAGUCCACAAAAUAUUCCAUACAGGGAAACGGCCAUUCCACUGCUCCCAGUGUGGGAAGAGCUUUGUCACGUCAUCACACCUGACCACACAUCAACGAAUCCAUACAGGGGAACGACCAUACCACUGCUCCCAGUGUGGCAAGAGCUUCAAAUCAAAAACAGAAUUGACAGUUCACACACGACUGCAUACAGGGGAACGCCCAUACCACUGCUCCCAGUGUGGGAAGAACUUCAAUUCAAAAUCAGAUUUGACAGUCCACUCACGAAUCCAUACAGGGGAACGGCCAUUUGACUGCUCCCAGUGUGGGAAGAACUUCAAAUCAAAAUCAGAUUUGACAGUCCACUCCCGAAUCCAUACAGGGGAACGGCAAUUCCACUGCUCCCAAUGUGGGAAGGGUUUUAUCUCGUCAUCGAACCUCACCACACACAAGCGAACCCAUACAGGCGAGCGGCCAUACCACUGCUCCCAGUGUGAGAAGAGCUUCAUCUCAUCGUCACACCUGAGCAGACACCAGCAAAUCCAUUUAGGGGAAUGCCCAUACCAGUGCACCCAGUGUGGGGUGAAUUUCAGCAGUUCAAAAAGUUUAAUGUCCCACCAGCGAACUCAUACAGGAGGACGCCUGUACCACUGCACCCAAUGUGAAAAGAACUUCAUGCAGUUAAGAAGUCUGCGGAGACACCAGAAAGCUCAUCUAUAGCAGUGACUCUAGCGUGUGAUGAUUAUCUGUCGGCUACUUGUUUUAAUACUGUAUUAAUGUGACUAUACAAGAUCGUAUCCUGAGACAAUGGACACAGGAGAGCAGCCAUGCAGUGUUGUGUUGCUCAGACACGAUAAGGAGGCUCACAAAGAGGAUCAUAAGCCUAAAUGCACAAUCAAAUGCCAAAUGGUAGAAAGCAUGAGUGCCUAGAUUCUUUAUAUUGUAGCAGUCUGUAAAAUAUCAUGUGUUAAAAUAAUUGUUUGCUAUGUUUGUUGGAUAUGACCCGUUUAGAAUAAAGGAUUCAAAAUAACAAAUAUAUAUUUUAAAACUUUAAUUACUGCUUGUUCAUUAAUGUUGCUUUCCUGAGGUCUCCAGAUUACGUGAAUGCUAUGACUGACAAUGUGCCAUAGAUUGGGCUACGACUUGCACCUUUGACCUGGGUUGAGGAGGUGGGUGCCGAUGUGUGGAAAUAGCAGACUUGGGUCUUGGCAAAAAUGACUUUGGGUUGAAUUUUAAUCCGAAUUAGAAUUCAAUCCUCUCUGAUCAGGAUAACAAAAAUCCCCCCAACAACAAAAAUAGAACCAAACUCUCGCUUCCCAGACUUUUUUCCCCUUCCUCUUAAUUAUUUACUGCAAAGCUGAAGUAUUCCCUCCAUACCUCCAACCAAUCAAAAUGAGAGAGACAACAUACAAUGGAAUAAACUAAAGCUGUAUUUGUUCUCAGUGGCACAGUAUAUUGCCAUAUCCUGGUUUUAUUAAUUCACCACAUACAGUACUGUGCAAAAGUUUUAGGCAGGUGUGAAAAAAUGCUGUAAAAUAACAAUGCUUUCAAAUAGAAAUGUUAAUAGUUUAUUUUUUAUCAACAAAAUGCAUGAACAGAAGAAGUGAAUGAACAGAAAAUCUAAAUCAAAUCAAUACUUGGUGUGACCACUCUUUGCCUUCAAAACAUCAUCAAUUCUUCUAGGUAUACUUGCACACAGUUUUUGAAGGAACUUGGCAGGUAGGUUGUUCCAAACAUCUUGGAUAACUAGCCA